AUUACCUCGACUAAUCUGUGCCCCUGCAGAUUGACUCUGUACCGGUACCCUCCGCAUUUAUUUUGAGCCUAUCUCUGGCCUUCACAGCUGGAUGGGGUCAUGCUGCAUGUCAGGCCGUAUCUCAUUAAGAGGGAAUGUUGUCCAGUGUCUACAUUCCUGCCAUUCCCCAUGUUUCUGCAAGGUUAUUUAACUCUGAGGGUUAAUCACAGUGACAUGUGAAAUUACAUGAGUUGGGACCAUGAUGGCAUUCACAACAAUGGUGGAAUCGGCUCUAUCAUGGGUAUAGCGAGCAUUAUAACAAAACAGUAGGCUGCAGUAACUUGUUUGUUGUAAUAUUGCAAAUGGACAUUGCAGUUUCACCAUUAAUGAUUCCAGCUUUAAGGCUCUUAAAAGCCUUGACAAACAUGAUCGUGGAUCAUCUGGCAUGUGAUGGGCCUGUUUGGCUGCUUUGCUGAUUGGUCUGCAGUGUGGAAUCUAGGUGUGUCUGAGUCUGGGUGGUAUGGUGCAGAACAGGUUGGGAGGGAUGAAGUGAGCUAACACUGGGGUGACUAAGUACAUUGGGACAGUCUGCUGGAGCAAACAAGGCUUUGUUUUUUCACUCAUCUAUUUCUGGAUUUAUUUUAAUCAUGCUUUCCUAAUGAUUAGUGGCGUCUCUGAAGCAGCCUGAAACACCUGACUCAGACUCCCAUAGGCAGCAAUCUCCGUCCCUUUCCUGCGCUGAAUCCAUUCUCGCGUCCCCUCUGAUUCUCCUGACAUGUUCUCCAACCUCCACUCCUCCCUUGCUCCCGCAAAGACGCGGAGGAGCACCUCCAAGUCCCCCUAUAGCAGCCCUGAGAACCUGGCUGCCAUAGGACCUUCCCCCAAUGGAUCUGACAAGAAGCGGCAAGCUCCUCUGUCCCCCAGCCCAAUGGAACCACAAAGCCAUGGAAAACCCAAUGCAGGCUCCAGAAGUGUUUCUGCUAAAUCUGCUGUUGCAAGUGGCUAUCCUGUUAAGGAGGUUGAGGGCAAAAUACCUCCUCUACCUCUUCCUGACUACGAUAGCCUGUUCCCACAGAAGAGACAUGGAGUACUAGGACAGACUCGAUGGGACCAUAUAAUUGCAGAGGUGAAUCAGAGACAGCAGGAAUAUGUGCCUCAGCUCAUUGGUAAAGAGAUGAGUGUGGAUGGCCCAGACCUCGACACACCAGUACCUCCACGCAAUGACAAAUAUUCCUACGUGCAGGAGAGGGCAGCAGAACCCGUACACCAGCAACAGACACAAGUUCAGGAAGUUCAAUCUACCUCUUUGAGGAGAGUGGGGCCCAACAGUUUUCCAGCACUCACUCCCCCUUCCAAACCAGUAGCUGCAGCCACCCCUAGACUAUUGAUGGACUCUAACACAAACCAAGGCCAGAGCACUAUACAGGCUAAUCCAUCUGAGUGGCCCAAUGCCUUCGUCUCCAAAGUCUUGGUCUCUACAAAACCUGUGGUUCAGAGCAGAGACAUGCAUCCUCCAGAGGUGUCACGGAGGGUAAGGAAGGUAAUCAACACAUCUGUUGCUACAGCCAGUGAUGGCAAACCUGUUCUCUCAACAGAAAAGCCUAGACCUACAUCACAAGCAGUUUCGGUGUCAAGUUCUACAGAUGAACCUAAAGGACUGCCAAACACUCCCAAAGAGAUCCCCACAGUCAAACCCAGACAAAGGUUAGUCCGCAAAGAGCCAGUGAGACCUGCAGAUCAUGAGCAGAUGUCAGCAGAGUCUACCACUGUAGAGAAGGAGAACAGAUCGGAGAGGAGAGCCUCAACCCUGGACAUCAUGGAACUGAGAAGGAGUAGUCCAGUGACUGAAAAGAACACUGAGGUGACUUCUGACAAUGAAAAGCAACUCUCGUUUGACUCUGCAGAAAACGACAUUGAGAAAAAAACACAGUUGGAACGCAUUAUGAAAGCGAAGUUUGCUGAACCUGACCCCUUCCCCAUUGCUGAUAUCCUGCCUAAAGACCAAUGGGCCCAACCAGAGCAAAGCGGAGAUUACUUGUUCACUAGAGGACCACAGAAAAACCGCAAGCUUAAAGAACAGGCAAUGACAACCAAUGACUUGGAUAAACUUUUCGCGCCAAACAAUCCAACAGAUCCCUUUGCCAGUUUUAAUGACUGUGACUCAGACGAACCUCCCGAGCAGGAAAAAACAGAAGAACAGAGUCCUGCUUUUCAAAGGGGAUUUUCCCAAAUUAAAAAGAAACGAGGAGCACCUCAGCCUCCAGCUAAUUCAAGUAAUAAAGCAGCGAUUGGAAAAAUUGAGCUGGAUAAAGAAGACCCUUCACCUAGAGAAGACAAGCUGAUCAGCUCAGCCACUACAACAGGAUGUGUAAAACUGCCGCCUCAAACUCAAAAUACUAGACAGAGUAAACUCUAUGGCAGAGAAGGGGUGGAAACUCAAGACAAGUGGGCAGCAGACCCUUUUACUUCCUCCUCCCCUGUACCUUCUGUCCUGACUUCUCCUAAGCCCCCCCAGUCCAUAGUGGGAGAGCCCACCCCACAGACAGGGGGAAAGACCCUGCUACGGGCCUUGGUCGCACCCUCUGAGGUGCAGCCACUCACUGUGCUGAGUAGCAAUGGUGGUGAGCCAGCCUCAACUCCACUCAGGCCUCACCCAGUGAAGCCCAUGAGCUCCAUAGAGAGCCAAGCUCCCAUCAGUACCCGGGUAGUGGGAGAGAUGUUGACUUAUGACCGCACCCUGGGGAAGAUGAAGGCACCAGGCAUGGUGGAGAGUGGGCCCUACACCCAGCUGACCCAGGAGGAGUUGAUUACCCUGGUGGUGAAGCAGCAGACGGAGCUCUCCAAGAAAGACUCCAAGAUCGUUGAGCUGGAGGAGUACAUAGACAACCUGCUGGUGCGUGUCAUCGAGGAGAAGCCCAGCAUCCUGCUGGGCCUCAACUCUGUCAAGCAGGCCCUGUAAUGUAUGAGGAGUGGACCAGGGAACUGUAAGAUGGAGGGAGAUAUUUAGGCUUCCACUCCAACAUCCCUUUUAGUUUGUGUGUGUGGUUUUCUAUUACUGUCACUGUGUAUUGGAUAAAGCAAUCUCUAUGAAGGUCUUAUUUCCUUUGAGCAUAUGCACUUUCUUUAGUCUCCAUGAGGAUUUGGACUAAGACUAAAUCUCAAGGUUUCUUUUCAGAAUGCUGGAAUGUAUGCUGAAUUGUUUUUUUUUUUUCUAGAUCUAUCACUCCAGGCUACAUGUGAAUCUCACCAUUAAAUUAUUUGACAAGCUUUUGAAAAUGAAUGGCUUGUUGUAACACUAUGGUACUGGAAUUCCAUUUUAUACAAAUGUACUGUAUGCGCACAUUUCUUGUCAUUGCUUUGGUAAUUUUAUGCUGUAUAAAACCUAAUUGGCCCUCAUUAGGCAAAAUGGAACUGGAAGCCCUAGGUAUGUUGAUGUCCAUGUCACUGAUGAAAUUUCUCUGGCCAGGCCUUUGCAGAAGGGAUUCCAUGUUGCUUACAAUUUAGUGGACAUUAAUUAGGCCAUCUAGCUAGUUAUACUUUGGUAUCUGCUCAUCCCAAAGCCUUAACACAUCACUUCAACAAUAAUAAUAUGCUGGUUAGUGUUUAUUUUGUUGCAUUCUUAAACCUUGAACUUCCAUUGUUUUUCUAGGGGUUAUGUUUGAUCCUUUUCUUUAAAUGAUCAUGACGUGCCUUGGUGCUGCCGCUAUACUUCUUGGUGUGUUCAAUCAAACACAAUCGUUAAUCUAAUACCAAAUCAGAUUAUUGCGGGGCAUGGUACAAGUACAUUAACCUCUAUCUGAAAGUCAAUGUUGCCUCGUAGUGACAUUUCAGAUACACAACGGUCUUACCUUAGUUAGCCUAGUUUGUUGAAGCAUUAUUGAACCUGUGUCAUUUAGGCUAGUUCACACAGGGUUUGAUUGGAAAUGCAUAUCUGUCAACAUUCCUAAUUUUAGUUACCUUUUUCCUUACUUUAGUUAUUUAUGCUUCCAUCUCCCUUUGUUAAAUGUUUAAAAUGUGUCUAAAGGAGGAAACCAUUAUUUAUGAAAGCAACGAUGGAUAGAGAACCAGCUAUUUAUUCCAUGUUUGAGGCAAUAAUGUGGAUUUGGUCAUGCUAACAAUGGAUAGGGAGAGACCUGAUGUUCACUGUUUUCUUUCUUCUAUGUUUUUAUUAUCUACCCACUUGACUGUGCAGAGCACAACCUUUUUCUAUUUAUGCAAAAUAAUGUAAGUGCACAAACCAUGUCAAAUAUUUUAUGCAAGAGUAAUGACUAAGUUCAAAUCGAUACACUUUAAGAAAGAUCUUCCAAUAUAAUUAACAUUUAGGCAUUAUGAAUGUGGUUGUGUUUCAAAAUGAACCUUGUCCUUGUUAGAUUGAAUGCCUUUUUAUUAAGCAGUAGGCUUUGACUAGCCUUACAACUUGUGUAAAUCUCUACGUCUCUGAAUGUAAUCUACUCAAUGUAUCUUCGGCAACUAUGCCUUUGUGAAAUGUCAGCAAUAAGAAACUAUAUAAAUCAUAAACAUUUCUGAUUGUGCCUUCAAGGACUUUACUCAUAAGACAUUGUGAUUACUGUAAAUCUUUUUUCCUUAAGAUGGUUGCACCUUUUUAUGUUUACUGGUGUGGAAUUCAGUGUAUGUGAACACAAUAGUUGAUAUUUUCAAUUGAAAUAAAGUACAGUAAAUCAUGAAA